GAAUUUUACUCUACACCAAUUAUGGGUCAAACUGUAGAACAAGACACAAUUACAGAAAUAAAUCAAGUAACAUCAAUUCAUAGGCCUGAUAUAAUUCAGCCUAGUAUUCGUACAGCUAUUACGCAAAAGCAAGAAUAUGUACAUGGCUUCGGUAUUGCUAAGAGUGGACUAAAAUUUGCAGUAGAAAAUGAAUUAGUUGAUGAAUUCAUAGGAUUAAUAACAAGAUUUAUUGAAAACCAUACUGGUGUUGAUACUAAUAAACAG